AUGCCCGUCCCAACGUCAAACAGCCGUCCGCCACUCCGCAGAGCUCUGAGCAUCGCUGUGCAGUACUCGCAGCUCAAACAAUAUGAGAUGGAUCUCGUCGGAACACACAACGACCCCCGCAUUCUCAGUGACCUCUUAGUUGACGUCUUCAAAUAUAAGCGGGAAGAUAUUACCAUACUCAUGGACGAUGAGAACAACGACUAUCCGUGGCCCACUCGCGAAAACAUAGAAAAGGCGAUGAAAGAGCUAGUCGCCGAUGCGCAGCCGGGCGACCACUUUGUCUUCCAUUUCUCAGGGCAUGGGGCCCUUGUACGGAAUACAGAUGGUACCGAGAGGAGCGGGUAUGACGAAGUUAUCUGGCCGGUUGAUAUCCGAUACGAGAACGAUGAUGGUGUCGAUAACUAUAUCAUGGACGAUGAAAUCCAUGACGUACUAGUAAACCAUAUACCAGUUGGCGCGCAUUUUAUGAUGGUUUUCGAUUGUUGCCACUCAGGUAGCGCUGCAGAUCUUCCGAACACCAGCGAAGAUUGUCAGCCUCCGACACCUGUAUCCGCUGCCUCUAGUACUAUGAGUUUACCAUCUUCAGAGGCGGUCAAGAACAUUCGCGUACGGGGUACUCAAGAAAUUUCAGCAGCGACUGCCGACGACGCUCCGCAGCGGUCGACGUCUAAGGAUGUAUUCCACCCUGCUGCGCCGCUCGCCGACAUUCCUGUCAAAGCCAUUCCUGAAGUUGCUGACGUAACAUCCUGGGCAGCGUGCGAGGACGACCAAGUGACAUUUGGAUCGUCCAAAGGGGGUAUCUUUGUCAAUGCGCUGGCGAGAGCCCUCCGUCGUAGGCCCACUGAAACUCAUGCGGAAUUAUUGAGCUCGGUAACACGGGAGAUCUCAAAAAUAACUGCUCACAUCAAUUUGCACAAAUCUGCAUCCGAGGCUCUUCCAGUGCCGAAGCCGGAGCUCGAGAGCCUUGAGUCCAUGAAUGAGAUUUAUAACAAGCCACUUGACCUCUGA